CGGCCUGGUCCAGUGGCUCUAGCAGGCCCACUUGCCAUCGUCUCUCCGCCCGAGGAAGAAGAACCCGGCGCGGAAGAUGGCGGACGUGGCGGCCGCCUCGCUGUUCGGCGCCGACCGCCGGCUCUGCUCCGCCGACGUCCUCUCGCCUCCGGAGGUCAGGGCAAGGAUCGAGGUGGCCGUGCUCAACUUCCUCGCCGCGCUCUCGUCCCCUUCCUCUCCGGCCAUCUCCGUUCUCCCGCUGAUUGCCCGCAAGUCCAGCAACUGCAGCCUGCGCAGCGGCUUGCUGAGCGAUGUUUCGUCGGUUUAUCUGUCCUAUGCCUUCUGCAAGAGGUCUCUGACGAGAGAAAAUGAUGCCAAGUCAUUCGUGAGAGUAUGGAAGGUCAUGGAGAUGUGCUACAAGAUCUUGGGUGAGGGGAAGCUAGUCACUCAGAGGGAGUUGUUCUACAAGCUACUUUCGGACUCUCCCAAGUACUUCACUUGUCAGCGUCAUGUCAACCAGACAAUUCAAGAUGUUGUUUCAUUGCUCCGUUGCACGAGGCAGAGCUUAGGAAUCAUGGCAUCGAGUAGAGGGGCACUGAUUGGACGGCUUCUGUUGCAUGAGCCAGAGGGAGAACACAUUGACUGCUCCAUUCUUGGACCUUCUGGGCAUGCCAUUACUGGAGAUCUGAACCAAUUGAGCAAAUUAAAUUUGUAUUCGGAUGCCCGGUACCUCAUUCUAGUGGAGAAGGAUGCUGUAUUUCAGAGGCUGGCUGAAGACCGCUUAUAUAAUCAGCUUCCAUGUAUCGUGAUCACUGCAAAAGGAUAUCCUGAUAUCGCCACUAGGUUUAUCUUGCAUCGACUGAGCCAGACUUUUCCAAAUAUGCCCAUUUUCGCAUUGGUGGACUGGAACCCAGCAGGGCUUGCUAUACUAUGCACUUACAAAUAUGGAAGCAUAUCAAUGGGUCUGGAAUCAUACAGAUAUGCUUGCAACGUAAAAUGGCUUGGCAUAAGAGGAGAUGAUCUGGAGCUUAUCCCUCAGAGUGCAUUCCAGGAGCUGAAGCCUCGUGAUUUGCAGAUUGCCAAAGGCUUGAUGUCAUCCAAGUUCCUCCAGGACAAGCACAGGGCGGAGCUGGCACUGAUGGUUGAGAUGGGUAAGCGUGCUGAGAUCGAAGCUCUGUACUGCCAUGGAUUCGAUUUCCUGGGGAAGUACAUCGCCAGGAAGAUUGUGCAGGGUGACUACAUCUGACAGAUAGAAGUGCAUUCCUGGUUGUUUGUUUCAUUUUUCUCUCUGGUUUCAUGGUUCUGUCCAGUUUUUCUUCAAAGUGCAGUAAUGUUCUUGGCUGUGUUAAUUGGAAGGUGAGACUAUGAACAGACAACUGCCUAGUGAGGCCUGAACUUUGACACGCAAGAAAAUAAAUGAUAGAUGUUCAGGGUAAUCCAACUCGAGCUGUGUUGGCAUGGCGUCUGGUAAUGGGAAAAUAAAUGAUAGCUGUUCAGAAGGAAACUGUAAUUUGCUGUCAGAGAAAGGGCAUUAAAGCAAGGGAAAAUUACCGAUUACAUGAGCACCCUUGAGGUGAUGAGAAAAAGAUGACAGCGGAUCGGCAUGAUCAAUAAUAAUCUAGCAAUAAGAAUGGCAGCUAAUCAAGCGGUUCCCAACCACAUUGGCAGUUGCCUUCUGCGCAGUCCAGGAAGGGGAAGCCAUGCCAUUGGCACCAGUCCUGGCACUCCUCGCACAAGAGCUCCUCCUGCGCCUCCGCCACCAUCAAUGGCCCAACCUCUGCACACAUGAAAACAACAGAUUUGUGGUGAAAACUAGUACCUAUCGCCGCUGGUAGGAGCAGGAUGAGAACGGCAGCCAGGAAGAUCCUGGAUGAGAGCUCCAUCAAUUGAUUGAUUUCUUCCUGCUUUUGAUUGAGAACCGAUUUGCUCAAUGGAUGGAUGUAUGCACAAAACAAAGGGGCGAGUGUGAUGUGAGGCACGCAAGUAACUGUGGCAGUGAAGAAGGGAAGCAAGUAACGUGGUCGUACCGCUAGCGCACAUGGGAUCCUAGAUCCAGAGGCAGUUGACUCUAAUCCUUAUCGAUGGUCUAGUUGAUCUGACUAAUUACAGACUUCUCGAUUAGAGUUCUCAAUCCAGAAUGAAUAUGGGUGUUGCCCAUUAAUGAAGCAGUUAGAGUGGAAUUAGUAUCACGGUUUUGCUAUUGAUAAGCCGUCCGUUUUCUAGUUAGAGAUGAGUCGACAUGU